AAACUUUAUUUUAGGUUAUGUCUGCUUGUUGAUUGUCGGUUUCUUUCACCCGGUGUUAGUGAAUUCUAACUUUUAAAUAUAUUUAUUAAUUAUAACUUCUGAUUGACAUAUAUACACCAAGUAUAUCAAACAAAAAUGAGUCUUAGACUAAAAAAGGAAGUGCAGAAAUUAUCUACUAACCCACCACCUGGAAUAUCAUGUUGUACAAAAAACGAUAACCUCAAUAACUUGGAAGCUAGCAUUAUUGGAGCAAAAGAUAGUCCAUAUGAAAAAGGCGUUUUCCAACUUGAGCUCAUCGUAACAGAAAAGUAUCCAUUUGAGCCACCUCGUAUCAAGUUUGUGACCCCGAUCUACCAUCCAAAUGUGGACGCUGCCGGUCGUAUCUGCUUGGAUGUACUGAAAAUGCCACCCAAUGGAGGAUGGAAACCCACCGCCACCAUUGAAGGACUGCUCAUUGCCAUUCAGUCGCUGAUCGAGACUCCCAAUCCGGAUGAUCCACUCAUGCCCGAUAUUGCACAGGAAUUCAAAUAUGACAAGACCUCGUUUCGUAGUAAAGCUGAGGAGUGGACUCUCAAACAUGCCGUACAAACUCUACCAGUGUUAACGGAAAAACCAGCAUGUGACAAUGAGAAGAAAAGUACUAAGAGGAAGAGCUCCGAGUUGGAGACUAGAGACGAGAAUGAUGCAAAAAAAUUGAAAGAAAACUAAUUAAUUUUU